AUGUCCCCAGUUAUUCUCCACCUCAGAGCUGAGACUAAGCCUUUGGAACACCGUGCCGGUUUGACCCCGUCCACCGCCGCCAACUUGCUUGCCACUGGCGAUUUCAAGAUCUUUGUCGAGGAGUCUUCCCAGUCAACUUUCAAGUCCUCCGAGUACAGCGCUGUCGGCUGUGAGAUCGUGCCGGAAGGCUCCUGGAAGAAGGCCCCAGUUGACAGAAUUAUUCUUGGGUUGAAGGAAUUACCAGAGAACGAGACCUUCCCGUUGGUACACGAACAUAUUCAGUUUGCCCACUGCUACAAGAACCAAGGUGGCUGGGAGGAUGUCUUGAGAAGAUUCCCAGAAGGCAACGGCACUUUGUAUGACAUUGAGUUCUUGGAAAAUGACCAAGGUAGACGUGUCGCCGCUUUUGGUUUCUAUGCCGGUUUUGCUGGUGCCGCUUUGGGUGCCCGUGACUGGGCGUUCAAGCAGACUCAUGCUGAUUUCGAGGAGCUUGCCGGUGUCGAGGCCUACCCUAACGAGAAGGAAUUGAUCAGAGAUGUUUCUGCCGACUUGGCGGCUGCGUACAAGACCGGUGCCAAGGCCCCUAGAUGUCUUGUAAUCGGAGCUUUGGGCAGAUGUGGUUCCGGUGCCGUCGAUUUGUUGAGAAAAGUCGGUAUUCCAGAGGAAAAUAUUAUCAAGUGGGACAUGGCCGAGACCAAGAAGGGUGGUCCGUUUGCUGAAAUCACCGAAGCCGAUAUUUUCAUCAAUUGUAUCUACUUGUCCCAGCCGAUUCCUCCAUUUACCAACUUGGAGACCUUGAACGAUGCCAACAGAAAGUUGAGAACCAUUGUUGAUGUUUCUGCUGAUACCACCAAUCCACACAACCCAAUUCCGGUCUACACCAUUGCCACUGUCUUCUCUAAGCCAACCGUUGUUGUGGACACCACAUUAGGACCAAAGUUAUCUGUCAUCUCCAUCGACCAAUUACCGUCCUUGUUGCCGAGAGAGGCCUCUGAGUUUUUUGUCACCGACAUGUUACCAUCCUUGAAGGAGUUACCACAAAGAGAGACCGCACCUGUUUGGGCCAGAGCCAAGGCGUUGUUUGAACACCACAUUUCCAGAUUAUAA